AUGGCAAUCAUCGAUACCCUGCCCGCAGUCGAAGUCUCUGUUCGCCUCGAGAGGGGCUACCGAGAUGCUGAUGAAUACCCCGACCCGUAUCCGUAUUAUGAGCCUGAGAGAUACAUGAACGAUUCUGAGCGUUGCGCCCGCAACUACAUUGAGAGCAAGAACGGAGCCGAGUUCGCAGUUCACAUCAAAGUCUUGGAUAAUGCCUCCAUUGAUUCUUGGGUCCAUCGAAGCGAAGGUUUGAUUUUCCUUCUCUUCCUCGACGGUCAUUUCAUGGGAAGGCGAUUCUGCUACGAUGAUGAAUUCAAAGAUGGAAGCUGGCAGUUUGCCUUUAAAGGCAAGAGACAUCCCAACCAGGACCGAACUUCAAUGGUUGAGAGUAACUUCAAGUUCGAGACCGUCACUGCAGUUGACCAAGAUGUCACCGAUGGCGACUUUCGGCGAGCCAAAAACCUAGGUACAAUCGAGGUACGCGUUAGGCUUGCCAGAUUUGCUGGUGUUCCACGCCGCAACAGACGUGUAAACUUGGAGAGACCGUUCCGCGAGCCGCAGUAUAACAAGUGCGAGAUCUCUGAGGAAGCAAUCAAGGGCCGCCCAAUCCACCAUGGGACUUCCUUCACCCAGCCGGUCAACAUGCCUUUGCGACCUCCCAGAAAGAUGCAUCGAGCAGCCAUUGAGCAAGUCCGCACGGGUGCUCUCUUUGCGACCUACAUGUUCAAAUAUCGCUCGCGAGAAGCGCUGAAGAUCGAGAAGAUCGUUCCUCAGACCCCCGGGCCCGAGCCGAUUCCGAUGCCACCAUUCCGCCAGAUGCCGGCCUACUUGGCAAAGUCGAGCCUUCCUAGAUUCGAGGACCUUCACGACGAUGAGGUCGAACGCCUUGCUCGGGAGAGACAUCAACAGCUUCAAGACGAGCGAGCGCAGCCAUCGACUCAGAAGAAGAAACGGAGCUAUGGCGACUUCUGUGAUCUUACGGAGGACGCUGAUGAGCGAUCGACUCGACCUUACAAGAUUAUCAAGCUGAGAAACGGCCAUGAUGCUUUUGAUCUUACAGGCGGCUACUAG